ACCAAAUCUCAAUCCAGAUCCAGAAUCUGGGCCAAUUCCUCCAUCCAAUUCACUUUACCUAUGCAUUUUGUUUACCCUGGGCUAAAUUCUCAAUCUCAUCGUACACACGACAAAACGAACAUAAUGCCUGAACAAGCAAAGGAUUCUAUGCUCCAAUCGCUCAGAAACUGGGGAGAAAACUCUGUACCCCCAACUCUCCUCGCCACUCUCAUCACCGCUCAACAUGCCCGUCCCUUCCAGGUCUUCCCCAUGAUGUUCCCACCCGUCCUGCUCUUCUCAUCCUACCUGAACCUGAGCAACUACAAGACGGAUUCUGCUGGGAUAACAGCGGCCUGGAGUGGGUUGUACGCAUUACUUGCCAUGCGCAGAAGACAGGGAAUCAGGAACAAACUCACUGUUCGCGGUGUUGUCAGAGGAAGCUCGCUCGCACUUUGUGCUGUUAACGUGGUAGGCUGUGGGUUGGCCUACACGUUUGGCAAGCGGGAAAAGGAAGAGAAGAAAGUGUAGAGACCUGAUGAGAAUGAAAACUGGCCAAUGUGACAUACUGUAAUUCUAGACGUGAAGUUUGUCCGGAAAGAGUAGGACGGCAAUGAAACGAAAUCUAU